GGUACGUAGCGAAUGAAACUAGAACUCUGAAAGUCAAUCCCUUAAUACGCUGUUUAUCAAAUCGUCCCCUGUUGUGAAACACCCGUCCCAUUAUUGCAGUGGAUGAUGUGCGGGUGGUGUAGCUGGGCGGCCGAGGCAGUUGAGAUUUGUGCACGGACCAGUAUAAUGAGCUAUGUAUGGAAAUCACUCUACGCUAAUUGCUCAUCGAGUUAGCGCUGCGGGGCCGCACCUUAACUGCCUUGCCUGCCCCUUGUCUUGUCUGUAACAGGACCGGCGCCAGGAAAUGGUGGCAUGGGCGCAGCAACAUACACUACGUAGAGGAUUCGACAUGGCCGCAUACCUCAAUGUAUCCGUACACCAGACAGAACUCGACCUUCAAAUUCGUGACAUGUACACAUUCUCUCCGGGCCUGCCUUUCAUCCACCCCAACAUUUGGCCUAGUCCGCAACGCUGACACUUUCCUUGUCGCCGACAGAGACUCUGUUUUCAUUGCGCGGCCAACUUCCCGACGAUCGCCCCUAAACACAUCCACAUACGUACGGCUGUUCCGGACUGGUCAUUCUGCCGACUGAAACAGAAGAAAUCUUGAUAGAUUCGCCCUAAUUCUACACUUAGCAAAGCUCAGCUAGCUUGAACCCACACGUGCGUGCUGUCUUUCUGCCCGAACCCAACAAGCCCACGUUCGGCUUCCCAAUCAACACUUGCGACUCGGCACUGCACUUUGUAUCAACGCCUACCGCGCCGUCCUCGCUCCAGUCUUUUGCAUGUCGCCUCACGACCAGACAUCCGUUUCCGAGAGCCAGCUUGGCAUCCCCCCAAAUGCCCCUACGCAUGCCGCCGAUUCCGAGCAAGACGUAGUAGUCGCGUCAUUGACGCCCGCGACUGCCUCUGACCCGAGUACAGUGGACCGAGAGGAUGCGAACGACACCCAACAUGAAGAGACCGACUUGAUGUCUUCGGUUGCUACCCUAAAGCCCACCACCUCUCCCACCACAACAACUGCCACGCAGUACCUUACGAUUGAAUCUCGGACGUACAUCGACCCCACUCCAUCCACCCCGGCCGUCUCGCAACCUCCUUCUCGAAGCCCCUCUACAGCUCCUCCGCGGUCGAGACGUGGCUCCGGCUCCGACGGCGUAUCACCCACUAGGUCGGAUGUCGCAUGCGAUGAUAAGAAAUAUGCAAGUGACGACGAGCGUGAGAGCGGGUCCAGGUCCGAGCUGCAGAGCAUCAUGGAGCAGUUCAGCGAAGGAGGUGGAGGUCCCGGCGCAGAGGAAGUCAUGAGCCCCAGGUUAGAGAUGGCGUCGCCUUUGCUGGCCAGUCCCGCACAGUAUCCGCCCCGCAAAUCGAGCCUCGAACCACUUGCUCCCUCCAUGGUCCAACAACUCCAGGACUUGCAAGGCUUAAGCUUGUCAAGCACAUCUUCUGCGACGUCGCCUUUGAAGGAAAAGGGCAGGGAAGAGUUGGCUCCCCCAGUCCCCCCAAAAGACGACUCGUUCCAUACCGGUGGCGGUCCAUCACAGGCUCAAAAACGCCACAGCAUUCAGAGCCUGGAAACGCCAAUGUCUCCCACGACCUCACUUCAUCGCCCUCCUCCUCCCGAGCCAGAGCCCGAGCCGCCGUUACCGUUCGAUUUCCAUCGCUUCGUCGAACAGCUCCGAAACAAAAAGGCCGAUCCUGUUGCAAGAUACCUAAAGUCUUUCCUGUUCGAAUUUGGGAAGAGGCAAUGGAUGGUCCAUGAGCAGGUCAAAAUCAUCAGCGACUUCCUCGCAUUCAUUUCAAACAAAAUGGCACAGUGCGAGGUAUGGAGGAGCGUGUCAGAUGCCGAGUUCGACAAUGCCAGGGAAGGGAUGGAGAAGCUUGUCAUGAACCGGCUCUAUACCCAAACCUUCUCUCCCGCAAUACCUCCACCACAACCGAUUCCCGGCGCCAAAAACAAGGGGCGGCGUGGGGAACGGCCAAUGGGACCAGGACGACGUGGACAGCACCAGGAAGAUGUUGAACGGGAUGAGGUCCUUUCUCAAAAGAUCAACAUUUACCACUGGGUAAAAGAGGAACAUCUCGAUAUUCCUCCGGUUAGUGAAAGCGGCAAACGCUUCCUCAAGCUGGCACAACAAGAGCUCCUGAAGAUCAAGUCAUACCGCGCACCGCGAGACAAGAUAAUAUGUGUCUUGAACUGCUGCAAGGUUAUAUUUGGUCUCCUUAAACACUCAAAAUCGGACGGGUCGGCGGACUCGUUCAUGCCGAUGCUCAUUUAUGUUGUGCUCCAAGCCAACCCAGAACACUUGGUGUCUAAUGUCCAAUACAUCCUCAGAUUCCGCAAUCAAGACAAGCUCGGCGGAGAAGCCGGCUACUACCUCUCCUCUCUAAUGGGAGCAAUUCAGUUCAUUGAGAACAUGGAUCGAACGACACUCACCAUUACGGACGAGGAGUUUGAGAAGAACGUCGAGGCGGCAGUGUCUGCCAUUGCGGAAAAGCAUAGGGCCGAGUCACCUCCACCUCCAGAGCAGUCUGAGAAGUCAGCCGCCGUGCCAAUGCUGAGUGCGGGAGAGUCAUCACAAGUCCGGGCCUCACUUGAUAUUGGCGAUCCUGCAACGCCGCGCCGGUCUAGCUCUUCCAAUGAGGCCAGAGAAAGCAGUGAAUAUGGUGCGAACGAGGAAAAGGCGGCUAUAGCAGGACUACUAAGCACGAUCCAGAAGCCUUUGAGCACCAUCGGUCGAUUCUUCUCUGACGAAGGGGCAUCUUCGUCAGCAGACCAAGAUGUCCAUAGCCCAGCCCACACGCCUCUACCAGAGCAGGAAGCUCGUCGUCAGAGAUUAUCUGCUGAAGAGGCGGCUGCAAGACAAGCUAGUGCCGAAGCUGCUGAGGCACAACGACUGUUCCGUGCUGAACAUGCCAACGUAGUGGAAACACUCGCAGGCAUGUUUCCGGAUCUCGAUCGCGAAGUAAUCAGCGAUGUGGUAUAUCAAAAGGAAGGAAGGGUUGGUUUGGCCGUCGAUGCUUGUCUCGCCCUGUCAGCAUAAUAAAAUGGUCAAAGACUUGCAAAGGUGGAAGUUGGCUUGGCUGAGGCCAGACCAGGAAAAACUGGACAUCAUCCUUUCAUGGAGCACUCGACGAGAAUGCAGCAGUCCAUUACACGCUCGCAAUGCGUAUUGACGCCCUGGAGGGCUCAAUGAUUGAGUCUUGACAUUGAGGUGCUGGGAGUAUGUGAACAUACGGUUGGGGGUCAUUGAAUUAAUACAGCCUGAGAUACCACUUAUCAAUACAUGAUUAGAGACCAUUUAUUUAAACUUUUUGAUACCAUGGGCUGG